GUGGACCGCGGGGGUGUGUCUCUUGCUCCGAAUAAAUGUAGGUAGAGGUCAAAGGCGCAAGUAUAAUCUCCCAAGAUGAGUUUGACUGAGAAGGACAAGGCAGCCGUCAAGGCUCUGUGGAGCAAGAUGUCCAAAUCCGCCGAUGCGAUCGGCGGGGAGGCUCUUGGCAGACUGCUCGUCGUGUAUCCUCAAACCAAGACCUACUUCUCCCACUGGCCUGACCUGUCCAUGAACUCCGCGCCAGUCAAGAAGCACGGCAAGACUGUGAUGGGUGGAGUUGCGCUGGCCGUGUCCAGGAUUGAUGACCUGUGCGCUGGUCUCCUUGAGCUCAGUGAGCUGCACGCCUUCAAACUGAGAAUCGACCCGACCAACUUCAAGCUCUUGGGCCAUUGCAUCCUGGUGGUGACUGCCAUGAUGUUCCCCAAGGACUUCACCGAGGAGGCUCAUGUGGCCUUUGACAAGUUCCUGUGCGCUUUGGCCCUGGCUCUGUCUGAAAAGUACCGCUAAAUAAAAGUCCACGCACGAGGUCUGACAUCCAACCAUCAUGCUCAGUAUGGUAAAAUAAACAUGUUAGACCGA